CUUCUAAUGAACGUCAUGGUUACCUUUUAAAACUAAAUUAAAUAAAGGUGAAUAUAAAGUUUAAAAUAUUUUAAACCGUUUAAUAUUAGGACAGUGUUUGGUCACGUGAUUGGAGGUUUGGCGGGGAGUGAACAUGGCGCAGGCGGACGAGAUGAGCUCCUCUGCCGCGGACUCGGUGCAAUGUCCGGUUUGUUUGAAAGACUUCACACCGACCACCAUCAACAAGCACCUGGACGUGUGUCUGCUGGGAGGUGCUGCUGACACUACAGCGUCCACCAUGGCUGACAACAGCGAGCCUCCUCUGAAGAAGCCCCGGGUUAGUGGCGGGUCUGCACCGGCCAGUCCCGCUGUCAACAAACCGGGGGCUGGGUCCUUUUCUCUGUUUCACACCAACAAGUUGAAACCACCACAACCAGGUGAACGGGCUGGUUUGUUCCUUAGUAAACACAGUCCUGUCAACAACAAGGGGCUGAAACGUGGCGCAGUGGAGGAGGCUGACACUGAACCAGCUGCAGGGACAGAGACCGUGAGGGGCCAAACAUCUGUGUCCGUGAAGGCACCACCGGCUCCAUCGCUGCUGACCAUGAGCAAGCCCCUGGCGGAGAUUCUGAGACCGAACACCCUGGAUCAGUACUUCGGUCAGAGCCAGGUUGUGGGAGAACAGACUCUCAUCCGGUCCCUGCUGGACUCGCAGGAGAUUCCGUCCCUGAUCCUGUGGGGGCCGCCCGGGUGUGGGAAGACCACACUGGCUCACAUAAUUGCCAGCACCAGUAAAAAGAAUGGCACGGCUCGUUUCGUCAGCCUGUCGGCGACCAGCACUUCCACCAAUGAGGUCCGAGAGGUGAUCAAGCAGGCGCAGAACGAGCUGCGACUGUGCAAGAGGAAGACCAUCAUGUUCAUCGAUGAAAUUCACCGCUUCAAUAAGUCCCAACAGGACACCUUCCUUCCUCACGUGGAGUGCGGGACAGUCACACUGAUUGGAGCGACCACGGAGAAUCCGUCCUUCCAGGUGAACGCCGCCCUGCUGAGCAGGUGCAGGGUGCUGGUCCUGGAGAGGCUGUCUGUGGAGGCGAUGGGCUCGAUCCUGGACCGGGCCGUGGCCACACUCCGUAUCAGAGUCCUGGGACGAGAACUAUCAAAUCCUGAAGAUCAAGACCAAACAGAUGGACACGAGCCAAAGAUAUCCAUCGAGCAAAAAGCUCUGGACACCAUUGCUUACCUGUGUGAUGGUGACGCAAGAACGGGACUCAACAGUCUGCAGCUCGCUGUGCAGGCUCAGGUGAGCUUAACCCGGUCGAGCCCGUCAGCGCAGAACGGUUCUCCUCAAGAAAUAGUGGUGACGGAGGACCAUGUGAAGGAAGGUCUUCAGAGGUCCCACAUCCUCUACGAUAAAGCUGGUGAAGAGCAUUACAACUGUAUCUCGGCGUUGCACAAGUCGAUGAGAGGCUCCCAGGAGAACGCCUCUCUGUAUUGGCUGGGCCGCAUGCUGGAGGGCGGCGAGGAUCCGCUCUACGUGGCUCGCAGGCUGGUCCGCUUUGCCAGCGAGGAUGUUGGUAUGGCAGAUCCCUCUGCUCUUCCUCAGGCUGUGUCCGCCUUCCAGGCCUGUCACUUCAUUGGGAUGCCUGAAUGCGAGGUGAUCCUGGCUCAGUGUGUGGUGUAUCUGGCACGAGCAGCAAAGUCCGUGGAGAUCUACAAAGCCUAUAGUAAUGUGAAGGCCUGUUUGAGGAACCACAAAGGGCCCCUGCCUCCCGUCCCCCUGCACCUCCGCAACGCCCCCACGAGACUGAUGAAGCAACUGGGCUAUGCUAAAGGCUACAAAUACAACCCAGCGUUCGGUAACCCUGUGGAGCAGGAGUACUUACCUGAGGAGCUGAAGGGCAUCGACUUCUUCACCUGGACCCCCUCAGACUCAUGAGUAUACACAUAAUAUAACAAAUAAAACCAACGCUGCUAAUUAUAAUGAAUCUUUUUAGGUGAACAAAAAUGGGAUUUGAUGUAGCUGCUGGUUCAAAAAUGCUCAAUUUCAAAGGUAAAGGAACCUGUUCUCACCUGUUCACAUGUUCUGUCAUGUUCAAAUCUUUAUACAAUCUUAGUUUCAUCAAUUGUUUUGGAUUGUAAGGUUACAAAAAACAUUUUGCGUAUUCUUGCGUUCAAACAAACCAACCAACAAACCAGCUGACAAGGGGUGAAAACUUAACCUUCUUGGUGGAGAUAUGACCAAACUAAAAUUACACAACAUACCUUAGUAUCCCUACAUAGUAAUAUCUUUAAAUGUGUUAAAUAUGUGUAUGUUGAGAUUUACCUCUGUCUUGUCCUUGUAAAAAUGUCAUACGUUGUUUAAACUAAUUAAAAUGUCUUUUUAUGUGUGA